CGAUAGUGACAUCUGCUGGACGGAAGCCGUUAACAGCCUACUUUAUGAUCACGAGCACCAGUGCAGGCGCUUUAAUAUUACACCAGACUGUUAACUAUUAAUAGACCGUAUGACCACAUUUUCCUUGAAGAGAUCCAAUGAGCCCAUUUUAGAAUACAUAUAGGCUGAGAGAUUGGUCAUUUAUUAAUUAAUUCGCUUCUCAAGAUCAGUCUCACGUAUAUCUCAUUGUUUGUGUUUCCGUAAGCUCGCUGGCAACCAAGACGUGUUUUCGGAGAUGAUGACAUUGUGGUAGGUCGUCUCGGAGGGUGGAGAGAGAGAAGGUGCGCGCCGAAGAACUUCCUAUCCACCGCGUGCUUUUGUCACUGCAGUGAAUGAACAUGAGCAGCGGCAGACUAUAUUCACGACUGCAAUCAUGUCGUUUUUAUUCCGGUGGUUUGAGAGCGACAUAUCACCGAACCCUGGACAGGAUCGAGUUAAUGCUGCCUCCUAAAUUAAGACCUCUCUACAAUCAUCCUGCUGGGCCAAAGACGGUUUUCUUCUGGGCACCUGUUUUUAAAUGGGGUUUAGUUGUGGCUGGAUUCUCUGAUAUGACCCGGCCACCAGAAAAGCUCAGUCUUUCUCAGUCCUGUGUCAUUACAGCCACAGGAUUAAUUUGGUCAAGGUACUGCUUGGUGAUCAUCCCUAAGAACUGGGCUCUGUUUGCUGUGAACUUCUUUCUGGGCAUGUGUGGCAGCAUCCAGCUCAUGAGAAUAUGGAGGUACAACCAACAACUCAAGCAGAAAGAAGAGGAAGUGCAGCAGUCUUGAAGUGCCACUUAUUCUGACGAGUGGAGCGGUGAAGUUUUGCUGUGUUACUGUAAAAAGCAAUGAAUCUGCAUUUUACACACAUCAGUCAUGUUAUAUAGAUCAAACAAAUAUGCUCUGUCUGUGUAAAAUAGAGAUUUGUUUUUAAGAACUUCAUAAUUAUUUCACAUUUUAUUAUGUAAAAUUAUGAUAUAAUAUUAAUUGUAAUUCACAUGUUCUUGAUUGUAUAUUGUAGUGUGUGUUGUCUGAUCCAUAGUUAAUAUUUCUAUAGAUUACUCAGUUUUAAGGGGGUCAUAUCAUAAGAAUAAGAAUAAAAAAAGUUACUGGA